GGUCGUUGUGUUAAAUUGCAUGUUAACGUUGCAUUCAAAAUAUGUUAAUAUUUCACAGAAAUGGAAAAAUAUUUCUAUAUUUUUUGGAUUAUAGUAUAUGCUAGCUAAGUAGAGAAAAAAAAUGUCCAUGUGUACUGAAGAAAGCUGUCUCUCGCCAGGCUGCUAUACGAUCCGUGCACCGACCCCUGGCAGAAUGUCAACCGUCAUAUGCGGCUUGCCUCUCGGAAAGUGACACCUCCUUUUAGCCGGUGCCGUCCAACGAAACCAGAACACUUCAACCUGUCGUCCACCGGCGUACUUCCUCUGCGCUUAAACUGAGUUGUUGGUGAAAGUUGCCGGUCAGCAGUAAAGUUUCUCUGGACCGGACAACAUGCGCUCCUUAGCGGGACUAACUGGCAUCGUGGCGACUGCAAGUGUCUAUCUCUACCUGCUGUCGACGCACCUUCCCCCGGGACCGGCGCAGCUCCAGCCGGGGUCUGAGCCGGAGGGAGAGGCCGUCCGAGAGUACAGGCUGAAGUUCCCAUCAGACCUGGAGUCACUACAGGAACUGGCCAAGAUGCUCAAGUUUUACAAAACAGAGAACUACAGCUAUGUUCUGCUACUGUUCUGUAGCGCCUACCUCUAUAAGCAGUCCUUCGCCAUACCUGGCUCCUCUUUUCUGAACAUGUUGGGGGGGGCAAUUUUCGGACCCUGGGUGGGUCUGAUGCUGACCUGCCUGCUCGCCACUUUCGGCUCCAUGUUCUGCUUCCUGCUGUCCUCAGCAUUUGGGAAGCAGUAUGUGGUUCACUUCUUCCCAGAAAAAGUGGCUCUGCUGCAGAUGAAGGUGGAGGAGAAUCGUAGCAGCUUAUUCUUCUUCCUCCUCUUCCUUCGUUUUUUCCCCAUGACUCCUAACUGGUUCCUUAACAUCACUUGUCCUGUCCUCAACAUCCCUCUAUCCAUUUUCUUCUUCUCUGUAUUAAUAGGUUUAAUCCCAUACAACUUCAUCUGUGUGCGUACGGGUUCCGUCCUGUCACAACUGUCCUCUUUGGACGACAUCUUCUCAUGGGGGACGCUGGCUCAGCUGCUGGCCAUUGCUCUCAUGGCUCUGCUGCCUGGAGCGCUCAUCAAACGCUAUGGCUCAGCUCACCUCAAGCUGGAUGCCGUCACCAGCAAUGGAACCGGCCAGGACAGGAAGAGCAGAUGACACUGAAUGCCAACGCUGCUCAGGUAGAGAUGGACGCUUGUGACUUCUAGACCUCUGCUAGGUCACACUGGAGACUCCAGACAUUCAGGGUGGUGCUUAUUUUGAACUUCUAUUUUUAUCAGGUUGUGCUUAGUCUUCAUUGCCUUAAAACAUCUUAGAAGUUACUGUGGUGAAAAUCCUCCUCUUGAAUGGAUGGAAUGUCACAUUUUGCAAGAAAUUGUAAUUAUUUUGCACAGAGCUGAAUAAGUGUCACCUUCGGGAUGAACAAAUCUUUCUGUUCCUGUUAAAGAUCCCAUACAUGCACCGCAAAAACACUAAAUAUUACAGCGUAUUUUUCUCUAGUAAUUUAAACUUAAAAUCCGACACACGGACUCACAAGUAAGAUCACAAAAGAUAUAUGAGCUUGUUUCAAGUAAAUAAUUUGUCAAUAUUAAUAAAAACAAUGGAUUAAUUCCACUGGCAAAUUAUUUCUUGUUAAAAGUAGCAAAAUCUGCCAGGGGAGUUAGUACUUUUUUCAUAUAUAUAAUCAGUACAAAAACUCGUACAACUUACUCAAAAGUUCUUGUAACAUGAAAUGAGAAAAAAUGAAGAUAUUUGCAGUAGAAACUAGAGAACGAUAUGAGAUGUUUUUGCAGUGUGCUAAGGUUGCUAAUCAUGAUUAGCUUCAUCGUCACUUAUUCUGCAGUAUGUUGAAUGGUUUAUGUGUUUUCUCUGUAAAAUGGGAGCGGUCUCAUUGCAGUGACUCAGAGCGACUAGUUUUUCACAUAUAGAAAUAUUCAGUAAGUUGUUUUUUUACUUAAUUUUUUCUGUCAUUUUUAUUACGUAAAUCGCGGUUAGCGAUUAUUUGGCUACAUGUUCAAAAACAAAGACUGUUGUAAAGUAUUUUAAUUAUUAUUAUUUUGCAUUUAUCAUACAUAUUUUACUAACUCUUAGACAUCUAGAUUUUAGAUGCUACUUUCCUUUAAAAUCUACAGGAAGAUUCGAAAAAGGCAUAUUACAUUUUUUAGUCUGAAAUCUGUUCUUUUAAAAUAAUAAUAAACGACCAGUUUAUUAUAAUAGCUUGAUUAACGUUGUGAAUCAAGCUAUUAUUCAAAAGAAUUCAGUCUUCUUUUGAAUUGGUUGUUUCUGACCAAGCGGUGGAUUUCUACAAAUGUGAUUUUUUUAUUUUCACAGAUUAUCUGUUUCAUGUUAGGCUGCCAUGACAGAGCGACACAUAUAAUGUAAAAAAAAAUACUUAAAAUAAUUAUUUACUGUGGCUUUAAGGGCUGACUGUUUAAAUCAGGAGUUGAAUCAGAUGUAAUUAUAUUAAAAAAACAAAAACCUUGGAGUUAGAAUUUUAUUUUGUGCAGCACUAUUUAAAACAUGACUAAUCAUGCCAUAGACUGAUUAUUGCUGAAAGCAAAAGUACAAUGAAAAGUGUGUUCAAAAACAUAUAUUAUGAAAAAUGUGCUCAAACACAUUUGAUGUAAAACUCCUCUGGGAUUUAUGUAUCUGGCUCCAGAUGUUUCCUUCUGUUCUGAUUUUGAAACUUCUGUUUUUACAUGAUUCAGUGAUUGUGUUCAUUGCAGCUGUCUAAACUUCAUAGUGGCAAUCCUGUUUCGGUUUGUUUACAUAUUUACAGUGUAGUCUAGUUACUGUUUUUAGGGAGGGGGUUUUAAACCACUUAAACACGUCUUAAACAAAAUUAAAUAGAUGGUUCUGACUGAGCUACUUUAGGUUUGAUUUCAUCUGAAUCUGUUCUAUUUUAUUUUGUAUUCUAUUUUAAUAAGUAUUUUUAACAGUAGCAGGUGAAAAGCACCUGGACAUUUUGAACUCCCAUCAUGAGGUGAGACUUCCCUCUGAUUCACUCUGCAUAUUUAAUCCCUGCAGACGUUAAUAUGGCUGCAGAAACUUAUGAUCUUUUCCCAUAUUAGCAUCCUUCUGACCUUGUUUUGCCACUUAAAUUAAACUCAGUGGUUGCAAAAUCACAUCAUGGAGAACUUUCUAUGUGAAAUUCAGUUUUUCAGAUAGGUUUGGGAUUAUGACUUUUAAAGAGAAAUUUAAAAAUGCCACAUUUCAAAUUUUAAUGGUUUCAGAAUGCUUAAUAUAACACAAGGCACUUUGUUUGGAGAGACUUUUACCAGUCUUAUUAAUCUUCUGUCUUCUUCUGAUUAUACCGAUUUAAAGUUCUUGUUUUGAUGUUUUGCUUUUUGCAUCUUUCAGCCUGUUUUCUAUGGAAAAUGCAAUAAAAUACAGUUCACUCAA